AUGGCCAAACGCUGUGAUCUCACACUGGACCUAAACACAGUAAACAGACACCUCUCUCUGUCUGAGGAGAACAGAAAGGUGACACUUACGAAAGAGAAGCAGCUGUAUCCUGAUCACCGAGAGAGAUUUCAGUACUGGCAUCAGGUGCUGUGUAGAGAGGGUCUGACUGGGCGCUGUUACUGGGAGGUAGAGUGGAGUGGGAACAGGGCUGGUAUAGGAGUGACAUAUAAAGGAAUCUGCAGGAGAGGAAUGAUUGGUGUCUGUAGGAUUGGAUGGAAUGACAAGUCCUGGAGUCUGACCUGCUAUGACAAUAAUUACUAUGCCUGGCACAAUAAUAAGUCCACUACCAUAGACGUCCCCCCCUCCAGCUCCCACAGAGUAGGAGUGUAUCUGGACUGGCCAGCCGGCACUCUGUCCUUCUACAGAGUCUCCUCUGACACACUGACCCACCUGAACACAUUCCACUCCACAUUCACUGAGCCCCUCUAUCCAGGGUUUAGGGUUUGGGAUGAUGGCGCCUCAGUGUCCCUGUAA